GUGGCCAGUCCAGAGCGGGAAAAGGACCCGGAAGUGGAGGGCGGGGCCAGCGUGAUUGACAGGCGGGAACCCCAAUGCGGAGACGGGACUGGCCCACGAAGGUGGUUUCUGCGGUGGAACUGGGUAGUGUUCUGGAGUCGGCCUUAAAAGCCGCUGUGCGUCGGAGUCUUACAUUUGACCCAGCUGUGGUGAAGUUUUCAUCGAUUAUCUUGUUUAGAUAAGACAUUGCAACAUGGGAGCUGAAGCUGAAAGAUCCAGGGGCUGAUGAGGCCACGUGCAAGCGAAAGUUUGGGGUCCAUGGCUAAUGAAACACAGAAGGCUGGUGGCAUCCAUUUUCCUUUUCCCUUCACGCCCUAUUCCAUCCAGAAAGACUUCAUGGCAGAGCUGUACCGGGUUUUGGAUGCUGGCAAGAUUGGGAUAUUUGAGAGUCCAACUGGCACUGGAAAGUCCUUAAGUCUUAUUUGUGGGGCCCUCUCCUGGCUCCGUGACUUUGAGCAGAAGAAGCGUGAAGAAGAGGCACGGCUCCUUGAAACUGGAACUGGCCCCUUACGUCAUGAGAAAGACGAAUCCCCGUGUCUGUCAUCUUCCUGCGAAGUGGCUGCAGGCACCCCGAGGCCUGCUGGAGAACCAGCCUGGGUGACUGAGUUUGUGCAGAAGAAAGAAGAGAGGGACCUGGUGGACCGACUAAAGGCGGAGCAGGCCAGGAGGAGGCAGCGAGAAGAGCGCCUGCAGCAGCUGCAGCACAGGGCACAGCUCAAGUAUGCAGCCAAGCGCCUGAGGCAGGAACAAGAAGAAACAGAGAAUCUCCUCCGCCUCAGCAGGGAGAUGCUGGAGACAGGCCCAGUGGCUGAGCGGCUGGAGCAGCUGGAGUCUGGGGAAGAGGAGCUGGUUCUUGCUGAAUACGAGAGUGAUGAGGAGAAAAAAGCAGUGAGCAGGGUGGAUGAGGAUGAGGAUGACCUGGAGGAAGAACAUGUAACUAAGGAGGAGCUUCCAGCACUUGGACUCUGUGGCUUCCCAGAUGCGACCCUGGAGACCUGGGUUCGAGGACUGGGGAGACCUCUCCUGGGAGCAGGGCCAUGCUUGCCACCCCAGGGCAUCGAGGAGCAGCUGUUCUGGGCUGAAGUCUGUGGUUUAUGUCCCCACUGGGUGGCGCUGGUAGGACACACAAGUGCCCUGCCCUUUAGGUCUCUCCUGGUUUAUUACUGUAGUCGGACACACUCCCAGCUGGCCCAGUUUGUGCAUGAGGUGAAGAAGAGCCCCUUUGGCAAGGACGUCCGGCUGGUCUCCCUCGGCUCCCGGCAGAACCUUUGUGUAAAUGAAGAUGUGAAAAGCCUAGGUUCUGUGCAGCUUAUCAACGACCGCUGCGUGGACAUGCAGAGAAGCAGGCACGAGAAGAAGAAGGGAGCUGAGGAGGAGAAGCCAAAGAGAAGGAGACCGGAGAAGCAGGCUGCCUGCCCCUUCUACAACCACGAGCAGAUGGGCCUCCUCCGGGAUGAGGCCCUGGCAGAGGUGAAGGACAUUGAGCAGCUGCUGGCCCUUGGGAAGGAGGCCCGGGCCUGUCCCUAUUACGGAAGCCGCCUUGCCAUCCCUGCAGCCCAGCUGGUGGUGCUGCCCUAUCAGAUGCUGCUGCAUGCGGCCACUCGACAGGCUGCAGGCAUCCGGCUGCAGGACCAGGUGGUGAUCAUCGACGAGGCACACAACCUGAUCGACACCAUCACAGGCAUGCACAGUGUGGAGGUCAGCGGCUCCCAGCUUUGCCAGGCCUAUUCCCAGCUGCUGCAGUACAUGGAGAGAUACAGCAAGCGUUUGAAGGCCAAGAACCUGAUGUACCUGAAACAGAUCCUGUAUUUGCUGGAGAAAUUUGUGGCCAUGCUGGGAGGGAACAUUAAGCAAAACCCCAAUACACAGAGCCUCUCACAGACAGGGACGGAGCUGAAGACCAUCAACGACUUCCUCUUCCAGAGCCAGAUCGACAACAUCAACCUGUUCAAGGUGCAGCGGUACUGUGAGAAGAGCAUGGUCAGCAGAAAGCUCUUUGGCUUCACAGAACGGUACGGAGCAGUGCUGUCAUCUCGGGAGCAGCCCAAAUUGGCUGGGUUUCAGCAGUUCCUACAGAGCCUGCAGCCCAAGGCAACUGAAGUCCCUGCGGAUGAGAGUCCGGCCACUGCCCUGCGACCAGCUUCCCCACUGAUGCAUAUCGAAGGCUUCUUGGCAGCUCUCACUACGGCCAACCAGGACGGCAGGGUCAUCCUGAGCCGCCAAGGCAGCCUCAGUCAGAGCAGCCUUAAGUUCUUGCUCCUGAAUCCAGCUGUGCACUUUGCCCAGGUGGUGAAGGAAUGCCGGGCAGUGGUAAUUGCAGGGGGCACCAUGCAGCCGGUUUCUGACUUCCGGCAGCAGCUGCUGGCCUGUGCCGGGGUGGAACCUGAGCGCGUGGUGGAGUUUUCCUGUGGUCACGUGAUCCCUCCAGACAACAUCCUGCCCCUUGUCAUCUGCAGCGGGAUCUCCAGCCAGCCGCUGGAAUUUACGUUCCAGAAAAGAGAGCUGCCCCAGAUGAUGGAUGAGGCGGGUCGCAUCCUCUGUAACCUGUGUGGUGUGGUUCCUGGAGGGGUGGUCUGUUUCUUCCCGUCCUACGAGUACCUACGCCAGGUCCACACCCACUGGGAGAAGGGUGGUCUGCUGGACCGCCUGGCAGCCAGGAAAAAGAUAUUCCAGGAACCUAAGAGCACACACCAGGUGGAGCAGGUGCUGCUGGCCUAUUCCAGGUGCAUUCAGGGCUGUGGCCAGGAGAGAGGCCGGGUGACAGGGGCGCUGCUCCUCUCUGUGGUUGGAGGAAAGAUGAGUGAAGGGAUCAACUUCUCUGACAAUCUAGGCCGGUGUGUGGUGAUGGUGGGCAUGCCCUUCCCCAACAUCAGGUCUCCAGAGCUGCAGGAGAAAAUGGCCUACUUGGAUCAGACCCUUCCCAGAGCCCCAGGCCAGGCACCCCCAGGGAAGGCUCUGGUGGAGAACCUGUGCAUGAAGGCCGUCAACCAGUCCAUAGGCAGAGCCAUCAGGCACCAGAGGGAUUUUGCCAGCAUAGUGCUCCUGGACCAGCGAUACGCCCGGCCCCCUGUCCUGGCCAAGCUGCCGGCCUGGAUCCAAGCCCGCGUGGAGGUCAAAGCUGCCUUUGGCCCUGCCAUUGCUGCCGUGCAGAAGGUCAGUCCAGCCUUUUCCUUUCCCGAGAACCUCCCUGCGCCGAGAUCGCAUUUCUCACUGCCCUCUGUCUGCCCAGUUUCACCGGGAGAAGGCGGCCUCUUUCUGACGGGCAGCCACACCACUGCCUGGCGCUGCACCCUUCCUUUGCCCUACACACUGGAGAUGGUGUUUGUCAUGGGCCUGGUCUGCAGGGAUCCUGCCAUAAAGGUGAAACCCAGGAGAAAGGGUGGAGUCGAGUGCUGCCAGGACCCAGACACAGGCAUUAGCUCCCGCAGGAGAAAAUGGGGGAAUCCUGAAGAAACAGUGGGUCCUGGCUGUCCUUGGGGCCUUCCAGGGUAGCUCCCUCCUGGAAUAGAAUCUUUCUUUCCAUCCUGCAUGGCCGAGAGGCAGGCUUCCUGCCUGGUCUCUGCAGGAGGCUGUGGCAACUGUGUGGCCUUCACUGGGGCAUCUCCGUCCUGCUACCUUCUUAGAGGUGAGAUGGAACAGGCCCGUCUGCCUCUCCUUUUUCUAGCCAAAGUUAGCUGCCCUGGACAGCUCACUCUCUGGGCUCAAUUUAAAAUGAUCCCGUGGCCACAGGGCUUCUGCCCAGGGGCUUGUCACCUUCCCUAUCUUCCUGAGUUUCUCUUGUGUGUGGAGGGUGGGAGUGGUGUCACUCCCAGGGCUGAUACAGCCGGGCCUUCCCUGCUGGCAUCUCUUGGCCCCUCCAGAGGCUGGGAUGCCCCCACCAUACCUUUUUGAUCUUCCUUGUGAUGUUAUCUGGACCCCUGCUGCUGGAUUUGGCUAUGAAGCCUCCUGGUCUGGAUCCAAAGCCUGGCAGUGUCUUUUCCAAGGGAAAAGACCUAUAGCCCUGCUCCUAACCGGCCCCACAGCCCUGCCUGGAUUUGUAUGUCCCUGACUUGGUUCCAGUUCCUCCAAGUCAGUAGCACCUCCCUCCCUCUCAACCACUGGAGCAAACUCUAAGACACCUUCUACCCCGACACCAGGAAUGAUGCCAAGGGCCAUUGGACUCUCCACGUGACUAUUUCUAGAGACCUCAUGUUGUCACUGAGACCUUUUUUCCUGUGGGACAAUGUCCCUCCCACCUGCAACAGCUGCCCCUGCUGACCACUUGUCUUCUCCCUCUGACCCCAGAGAGAGGGGCCGUGGUCUGCUGGGAUCUUCUGCCCCCAUCGCCUAGAGACCAAAAGGGCAGGAGGAAAGCCACUGAUCCCAGGUGUUUGCAUCCUGCACAGCUUCAGGUCCUUAAUUAAAAGUGCACUGUUGGUU